AUGUUGACAUCGCGCUUGCGCCACGUGCGCAAGCAUACAGUGCACGAGGCACCCGCCUGCGCUACGGUGUCUGCUGCGGAGGAUCCGGAAAGGAUCCUGGACCAGGUGGUGAAUGAGAUGCAGGAGGACCUCAUUAAGAUGCGCCAGGCGGCCGCCCAGGUGCUGGCGUCUCAGAAGCAGCUGGAGGCCAAAUACAGACAGGCCCAGACCACCGCGGACGACUGGCUGAAGCGUGCUGAGCUGGCGGUGUCAAAGGGGGAGGAUGACCUGGCCAGGGAGGCCCUGAAGAGGCGGAAGACCUACCAGGACAACGCGGAUGGCAUGCGCACGCAGCUGGAGGUGCAGCGCAAAGCCACCGACCAGCUGAUCGCCAACACGCGCGUCCUGGAGGGCAAGCUGGCCGAGGCCAAGAGCAAGAAGGACACGCUGAAGGCGCGCGCGGCGAGCGCGAAGACGAGCAGGCAGGUGCAGGAGAUGAUCGGAUCUCUCAACACCAGCAGCGCGGUGGCAGCGUUUGAGAAGAUGGAGGAGAAGGUCCUGUCGCUCGAGGCGCAGAGCGAGGCCGCGGGCGUGCUGGCGACGGGCGACGGCCUCGAAUCGCGCUUCCGGGCGCUGGAGGGCGGCAGCGGCGUGGAGGACGACCUCGCUGCGCUCAAGCGCGGCCUGCUGGCCGGCGCGGCGCAGCCCGCGGCGGCGGCGGCGGCGCUGCCCGAGGGCCGGCCGCUGAGGGACGCGAUCGACCUCGAGCUCGAGGACCUCCGCAGGAAGGCGAAGGGAUGA